AUGGAGUAUGAGAUGGUGGGGAUAGUAAUAGCACUGGUGCUAUGGGCAGUGUGGGCAAUGGUGACGGAGCGGCGACACCGCCGUUUGGAAGAGCUGGGGCAGCUGCCACCAGGGCCAAGAUCGUGGCCGGUGGUUGGCAACAUCUUCCAAUUGGGUUGGGCACCCCACGUAUCUUUUGCUAAAUUGGCUGGCAAGCACGGGCCCAUCAUGACUCUGUGGUUAGGUUCCAUGAGCACCGUGGUGAUUUCGUCGAAUGAAGUGGCCAGGGAAAUGUUUAAGAAUCAUGAUGUGGUGCUUGCGGGGAGGAAGAUUUAUGAGGCCAUGAAAGGGGACCGUGGAAACGAGGGUUCCAUAAUUACAGCUCAAUAUGGUCCCCAGUGGCGCAUGCUGAGGCGCUUGUGCACCAGCGAGUUCUUUGUGACCAGCCGUCUGGAUGCCAUGCGUGGGGUACGUGGUGGGUGCAUUGACCGUAUGGUGCAGUUUGUGACCGAAGCAGGAACCUCAGGUACGCAUGCCAUCGAUGUAGGGAGGUUCAUUUUCUUGAUGGCUUUCAAUCUCAUAGGCAAUCUCAUGUUCUCCAAGGAUCUUUUGGAUCCAAAAUCGGAGAGAGGGGCGGAGUUUUUUUAUCAUGCAGGUAAAGUCAUGGAGUUGGCAGGGAGGCCGAACGUGGCCGAUUUUUUGCCAAUUCUACGAUGGUUUGAUCCUCAAGGCAUUAGGAGGAAGACCCAGUUCCAUGUGGAACGAGCCUUUGCUAUCGCUGGAGGCUUCAUCAAAGAGAGGAUGGAGACCAUGGCCAAAGGAAGUGGUGAAGCGAAGAGCAAGGACUUCCUAGACGUGCUCUUGGAGUUCCGUGGAGAUGGUGUGGAGGAGCCCUCUAGGUUCUCUUCCAGAACCAUCAACGUUAUCGUCUUUGAGAUGUUCACGGCCGGGACUGACACCACCACGAGCACCUUGGAGUGGGCCAUGGCAGAGCUCCUCCACACCCCACGUAUACUAAACAAAGUCCAGGCUGAGCUGAGAAGCGUCGUCAAACCCGGUUCCAAGCUGGAGGAGAAGGACAUGGAAAACCUCCCAUACCUCAUAGCAGUCAUCAAGGAGACCCUGAGACUUCACCCACCUCUACCUUUCUUAGUCCCCCACAUGGCAAUGAACUCUUGCAAGAUGCUAGGCUACUGCAUUCCCAAAGAAACACAAGUGUUGGUUAACGUUUGGGCAAUCGGACGCGACCCCAAGACCUGGAAAGACCCUUUAGUGUUCAUGCCGGAGAGGUUCUUAGAGCCCAACAUGGUGGACUACAAGGGACACCAUUUUGAAUUCAUACCAUUUGGGUCAGGCCGUCGAAUGUGUCCUGCAGUUCCACUCGCUUCUCGUGUGCUCCCCUUGGCUCUAGGAUCCCUCUUGCACUCCUUCAAUUGGGUCUUACCGGAUGGGCUCAAUCCCAAAGAGAUGGACAUGACUGAAAGGAUGGGAAUAACACUGAGGAAAUCUGUUCCAUUGAGGGCCAUGCCAGUACCAUACAAGGGGAUCCAAACUCAGGUAUUUGCAUAGAUAUGCACUUGACAUUGAUCUACCUCCUCUGUAAGUCGUAACUAGCGAUCAACUGUAAAUGGUGCU